AUGGGUCAAUCUGUUUCAAGAACUGAUUAUGUAUGGACAUACACAGAACAACCACAUUUAUCAAGAAGAGAAGCUAUAAUUAAAGAUCAUCCAGAAAUAAAACAAUUAUUUGGUGUUGAUCCAUCUUUUAAGUAUGUUGUCUCGGCUUGUGUUUUACUACAAAUAUUUGCUGCAUUUCUUUUAAAAGAUUCUGAUUGGUUAUUAAUAUGUUUACAAGCAUACUUUUUUGGUGGUGUCGUUAAUCAUGCUUUAACAUUAGCUAUUCAUGAUAUAUCUCAUAAUACUGCAUUUGGUAAUCAUAGACCAUUAGCAAAUAGAUUUUUUGGUAUUUGGGCAAAUCUUCCUAUUGGUAUUCCAAUUUCAAUAUCAUUUAAAAAAUAUCACGUUGAACAUCAUAGAUAUUUAAGUGAAGAUGGACUUGAUACAGAUGUUCCAACAUUAUUAGAAGCACAAUUUUUUUCAACAUCAUUUAAAAAAAUAUUAUGGUUAUUUCUUCAACCUGUAUUUUAUGGAUUUAGACCAUUAAUUAUUUAUAAAAAAGCUCCAACAGAUUUAGAAAUAUUAAAUUUUAUCAUUCAAUUUAUUUUUGACUAUUUAAUUUAUUAUUUUUUUGGUUUUAAAUCAUUAUUUUAUUUUUUAUUUGGAACAUUUAUAACAAUGGGUCUCCAUCCAUCAGCUGGUCAUUUUAUCUCAGAACAUUAUCUUUUUAAUAUAAACUGCCAACAAGAAACAUACUCAUAUUAUGGACCAUGGAAUCUCGUUACAUAUAAUGUAGGUUAUCAUGUAGAACAUCAUGAUUUUCCUUAUAUACCUGGUAGAAAUUUACCAAAAGUUAGAGUAAUAGCACCUGAAUAUUAUGAUAAUUUAUCAAAACAUACCAGUAUGAUUAAAAUAUUAUAUGAUUUUGUCUUUGAUCCUACUGUUGGACCGUAUGCAAGAAUAAAAAGAAAACCAUCUAUUGAGCAAAAAAUUUAUGGGCAUAAUAUGCUAUUACCCUACAUUAAAGGAUUUUUCAAUUAUUUUGGUGUCUCAUCUAUUGUUGAUAGAAUUGAAAAUAAAGUUAAAGGAUGUAAUAAACAAUUAAAUAAAUGUUUAUAA